CCGGGCUGCUGCUGCGGCGCUCCCGGGCUGCGCGGCGCCCUCGCCCCGCUAGUGCCAUGAUCCGGCAGGAGCUCUCCACGUCCUACCAGGAGCUGAGCGAGGAGCUGGAUCAGGUGGUGGCCAACUCGGAGGAGGACAAGGAGAUCCAAGUCCAAGGUCCAGGAGGCUCACCAGGCCUGGACAGCGAGUCGGCGGCCAGCAGCCUAAGGUUCAGCCGCGCCUGCCUGCAGAACGUCUUCUCGGUGCUGCUCAUCCUCAUCUACCUCCUGCUCAUGGCUGUGGCCGUCUUCCUGGUCUACCAGACCAUCACAGACUUUCGGGAGAAGCUCAAGCACCCUGUCAUGUCGGUGUCCUAUGAGGAGGUGGAUCGCUAUGAUGCCCCAGGAAUCGCCUUGUACCCUGGCCGGGCACAGCUGCUUAGCUGUGAGCACCACUACGAGGUCAUCCCUCCCCUGAGGAGCCCUGGGCAGCCAGGCGACGUGAGCUGCACCACGCAGAGGGUCAACUACACCGACCCCUUCUCCAACCAGACGCUGAAGUCUGCGCUGGUCGUGCGGGGGCCCCGGGAGGUGAAGAAGCGGGAGCUGGUCUUCCUGCAGUUCCGCCUGAACCAGAGCAGCGAGGACUUCAGCGCCAUUGACUACCUGCUCUUCUCCUCCUUCCAGGAGUUCCUGCAAAGCCCCAACAGGGCACACUUCAUGCAGGCCUGUGAGAGCGCCUACUCCAGCUGGAAGUUCUCGGGGGGCUUCCGCACCUGGGUCAAGAUGUCCCUGGUGAAGACCAAGGAGGAGGACGGGCGGGAGGCCGUGGAGUUCCGGCAGGAGACCAGUGUGGUUAACUACAAUGACCAGAGGCCGGACGCUGAGAGGAGCAUACAGCUGUUCUUCGUAGUCUUUGAGUGGAAAGACCCCUUCAUCCAGAAAGUCCAGGACAUCAUCACGGCCAACCCCUGGAACACCAUUGCUCUGCUCUGUGGGGCCUUCCUGGCCUUGUUCAAAGCUGCUGAGUUCGCCAAACUGAGCGUGAAAUGGAUGAUCAAGAUUCGGAAGCGGUACCUGAAGAAGAGAGGCCAGGCCGCCAACCACAUCAGCUGAGGCAGGCGGGCAUGGCCCCUGGACCCACCCUCUGGCCGUGCUAUGUGUCAAGGCACAGCUGUCAGGUGUUGGGAUGCUGCUGCCGCUGGGCCCAGCCAUUUGCUGUACCUGAGCCUGGUGAGGCCACGGCUGUGGGGCCCCGGGAUGACGCCCAAGUUAUUUAAGUAUUUAAAUUAUUCAUGUGCCUGUAGAGCCUGUCCAGAGCCGUGGUGGCCCGUGGGACAUGCUGGGCCACGGUGAGGUCUCCGGAUCUGUGAUGUGCCUUGUGGUUCGGCAGAGUGGAGGUGGCUGCCGACAGCGACUGCCCGGCCUUCCUUAGGCUAAGUAGACAGCGUGACUGCGUUCCCCCAACCCUGGACACAGAGAGGCGAGCCCACAUACCCUAGCCACCCCCCUGUCCAGCUUCUGUUGCUCAACAGUAAAUGAGACUUUUUAAAGCUCUCAGGGGCGUUAAGUUUCUUGGCUGAGGGCUGCCUGUGUGUGGCUGGAGACCUGCUCACACGGGUUGGAGAACCAAGUAUCAGCCGGCAGAAGCGGCUGAAGGCGCUGGAGCCCCCCCGCGGGGCAGUGAAAGUGGCUCCCCGAGCAUGGUGGGACCUGGUUGCCAUCCUGGGACCUGUAGACUGAGGAGCGUGGCUGAGCCCUGCAGCAGUGGAGCCAAUGCCCAGGUAUGUCGGCCUGUGUCCAGGGAGGGGCUCAGGCAGGUGCUGGUGACCUGUGAGCGAGCUGUGCUCACUUUGGGAUCCUGGGGCCCCAAGUUGGCGGGAGCAGCUUUGGGAUGGCCUCGGCCUGCCAGACCAGGCAGGUGUUUCCAUGGCAGCACUGGUGACUUGGGUACAGACGGGCGCACUGCUCCCGUGCGCUCUCGGGGAGCCUGCAGGUGUGUGGCAAGGGGUGUGCACUCUCGGGGACCCCGCAGGUGCACGGUGCUGGGCCAAAUUAAUGGCUGGGGGUCAGCUGGGUUGCUUUCCUGUAGGGUGCCCUGACUCCCCCACUGGCUCCCAGCCUCCACAGAGGGUGCUUAACUCUGAGGGGAGGCUUAUCCUCCGGCGCCUACUUCAUGGUAGUGUCCAUUCAAGCCUGUCCCCUGCACAGAGCGGCACAGGCGGGGACAGAGUCCUCAGGAGAUACCAGAGCCGCAGGACAGCCCACUGGGGUUGGUGGUGCCUGCUCUCCCAAUCCCAACCUGCCAUCUCAGGCCUUGAGGUUUCCCGCUAGACACCAGCCUAUGUGCGUUGGGGGACCGGCUUCUGAAAAGGAGCGAGGACCACUUAAGGCAAAUACAAACGUAGACUUUAUUAAACGCUGCGCCACCCCCAGUGAGGUUCUUUGUUACAAAAGUUUCCACGCGGCUGCAUGUGAAGACUGGAAUGGUAGCCUGACGCGGGUGGCCCACAGCCCGACUCUGGCGGAAUGCACCAGGGCAGGCCGGGGCUUCUCACUGGAGUGGCGCAGGCAGGGGGUGUCCAGAGGGACAAUGAAGAAUUUUGGUUUACUUUCCCAGCUUUUAUUUCUAUAUUUGUGCUUUGAAGAGCCUGGAUAUUUAAGUGUUUUGCUCAAAUUCCAGAGUAUGGCAAUACCACUACUGAGGGAGGCCCCAUGGAAUCUGGGAGAGGCCACGGGAAAGGGAAGGCUCUCCCUGAGCGCUGAUUCAGGAGAGACUCCCAGGAUGUAACUAAGGUCUGCAGCAUGUGAAAGCACAUUAUAAAAGGGAAAAAUAUACAGAGCAACUACUCUAUGUGCAACACAAUCAAAGAAUUCAAGUCAUAAUUCUUACCACUCCCAUAAUUAUCUUGCUCAUGGAUGUUAAGGUUCAUUUCUGUGCGACUCCAGAAGUGACAGAGGAUCAAUGAUAGACCAGGGUUACCACACGGAGGCUGUGAGCAGCACAGGGCUGCGUCUAGUCCAGGCUGUCAUUUACAAUUGCCAGGAAAAAAUUGGCCUUUUAAUUAUACUGAUGAGGUUUGUCUCGUAAUGUUUACAUAUUCCACAAGAGCGUACAAAACUGCCAGUCCUGCGCGGGGGCCCUUACUCGGCGUUUGUGUUGUUGAGGAUGCUAUUGUAGCCGCUGUUCUGCUUUUCCAGAGCUUUCUUCAGCUUUAGCUCCUCCAAUUUUUUCCACAGUUCUUCACGUUCCAAUUCCUUCUUUUUCUCUCUGUAGGCAAACCAAAAUUUUUGCAGUCAGACCCUCUCUUGUAGAACCUGGAGGAGGCGCUAUUAUUUGGCGCCAUGUCCACAUUUACUUAGACCCAAUGGAGGCCUCCAUGGCCGGGUCCUGAGCACAGUGGGGCCAUGACGCCUGCGUGUCCCUGGCACUGACCAUGAGUCCUGCGUGCUUUUCCCCACCCUCCACCUCCAGCUGUGCUCUGCCGGCCAGGCCAGGUCCACACCCACCGUGCAGACAAGGGCUGAGCCCCGGCGCUGGCUGUCUCCCCACACAGACCCCACACGUCAGAUGAAAACUAAAGUUGGAACAAUGGCUCUUUAGAACAAGCUAAGUUUUUAAUAUAGUCGAUUAAUGUCAAUUCUAAGGAAAACAUUUCUCUUUGGACCAGAGUCUGCUGUAGGGCUGCGUGCACCUGGGCUUUAGUUUUGCAGUUACGUGUGAUUUAAGGGACACAGGUGCUGACUUAAAGGGUAAGACAUGAAAGUUAUUCUUAGAAAAUGUGACUCAGAUAACACCGACACCUCACAUGACUUCCUUGCCCUGGCGCCUUGGUGCAGGAGCUAGGUACUAUCCCUGCCUGGAAGCUGCUAUUUAAAGAAAUUGCAACGAGUUACUGAUGCAUUAGUAGGCUUGGGAGAUCUCUUUCCUCACGUUGUACUGAAAAUGAUGACUAUGAAUCUUAGUUAAAAUAGGUCAGUCUGAACCUGUGAAGUGGACACUGGACUUGGGACUUGCACUAGGGACUUGGGGACAUGGAAGGAGACACUUGGAAGAGACAGAGACCCAUGGGGAGGUUAGCGAUGGCAGCCUUGACCUUGAUUUUCAUUUUUCUCUUUUCCUUCCAGACUUGUCUGGCCCCUUCUGCCCCUUCCCUAUGGGUCCCCACCAGGUGCCUUGACGCAGCUCCUCUUUGCUGGAAACCAGUACCCCUUCUGCACUCCUCUUGGUCACACGGCACCUAAGAAAUGGGCUGUCUCCAGGGGAACACACCUUAUCUAGAGGGCGCAUGUCGUUACAUUAGCCAGAGUGGACGGGAAUGUCCAUCAAAAGCCUGCUAGCCUGCCCAAGACUGUGCCUGCCUCCCCUGGAACCCACCGGCCAAGCUGUGUUUCACUCUUGGGACCUUGGCUAGUCCAUUUCAUUGUUAAAUUUGUUUCUUCUUGUUUAGAGGCAAUUAAAUUCCAACUCCUCCAAGAGACACAGCAGCUGCUGACACCCCCCACCUCUUGGGCUCUGCCUACACCACCUUCCAGAACCAGCAUUAGGGACCAAUCGCCUGUCGGUUCAGGGACUAGUAUCGGGGAGACUAUAUCCCAGGCCCCUCCAGUAGGGACAGAGCUCUACGUCCUAUGCCAGCCUGAAGCAGUUACAGAAGAUGGACCUCCUCCCUUCAAGACCCCCAGAAGAUUUGGGGCUGGGUCUGGGCGGGGGCUGCCGGGAGUGGGUGGUGGAUGGAAGGACUCACAGGGCAGACACGAGAGGUGGAGGUACAGAAGGUUAAUGAACCUUAAAUUAAACCUGGCCAUGGAUGUUUCCAGGAAUGUGAGGAAUCAGGUCAGCAGGUAUUCUCAGUCUUAGACUGCCCCAACAUGACCCCAAGGUGAUGACUGAUCCCAUAAAGGAACACCCCUUGCUCAGCAAACACCCCUUGCUCUUGGCCUUUAAGCCCCGCCCGCAUCUGCCGGAGCCGCUUUCCUUGUUCUCUUCUCCUUCAGACCAGCCACGUGCUGAUGAAAGCUCAGCUAUUCCAAACGAGGUGUGCAAGAUAAAAACUACACGCCGGCCCCAGUUCCUCACACGAGGCACCCCAAACUCCUGAAUUUCUUGGACAGUAGGAGUGGUUUUUGUCGUGCUUGUGCUGAGCCAUGGGUGUCUCAUUAGGAGCCCCCCUUCCUGCAGGAAGGACGGGGACACAGUGUCACUGCACGACACGCGCAUCUUAGAACCUCUCCACCCGUGGAGUGAGUGGACACAACAGAUGAAAUCAGAUUCUGUCUCACGCGGCAGCUGCUUCCAGCUGACAAAGCCUUAAGGCUUAGAAUGAAAUCGACAGUCGUUAACCUCAGACGUCACCUGGGAGUGACCUGGACAUGUGCAGGUCGCACAUCCCGGACCGACUCAGCAUUACAACCCGACUGAGGGCCUUGUGGUCAUACCUUUGUCGCUCUGCUUUGUAUGAGCUGGUGAGGUCAUCGAAGAGCUUGCCGUCCAUCUCCAUCAGCGUCUUCAGCACGUUGUACACCAGCGCCACGAUAGUCCUGAAAUCGAAACCGGCGCCGGUCAGUGAGGGAGGGGCAGCCUCUGCCAGCACGCAACCAAGAACUGCUGGUUCGCCAGCCCUGCGUUUGCAACGCUGUGGCCAGUGGGGGAAGGUGGCCACCCCACCGCGCCGGCAUUUGUGUACUCAGGUACGAAGAUCCUGUGUCCUGUGCUGCCACCUCAAAUGCUGAGCUGCAGCCUGGGCAGGCAAAGGAGACCCAGCUCGCGGGGCUCAUAAGGUGGAGGAUGGAGAGUGGACGAGGCCAUGGGUGCCGCAGCUUCUAGGGACAGGCCCUGCAGGGGAGGCUGCCCAGUGCAUGAGCCGCCCGACCUGCGGCGGCUCCCCUCCCUGGCCUGGUGAAUCCUCCCUCUGCCCAGUGACCCCAACCCCACCCGUGUCAGCCAAAUACGCUGACGGGGGUCAAGGCGACCUCCCGUUUCAGCUGAAGUUAAGACAGUCGGGUACUCUCCACCUCACAGACUGUGACGUUCACCUUGGGAUAAAUUCCGCAUCUGUGAGUUAGUAGGUCAAGGGACAGGUUUAGAAAAGACACUUACUGAUUCCAGUGCUCUUUGGAAAUUUUGUACAAGCUGGCAAACAUAAUUGGCAGAAUUUUAUCAAUAUUCUCUUCAAUCAAACUAAGAAUAUAUUCAUUGUUCCAGAAGUACAGUGCUCUCUCUGCAACCUGAAACAGACAUUUAGAAAUGUGAAAGCUGAAAGAGAAAAGACAAAGGUGCAGACAGAGCGACUCGCCGGCGGCCUGUACCUGAAAGUGGGAGCUGGACACACACUUGGAGAUUUGUUUGAAAAGGGGCUCCUCGAUUUUCUUGAAUUGUGUUGGUUCAAUGACAUCUAGGAUUUCCUCAAUUUCUCCUAAAAACAUCACCUAGGUCAAAAAAAAAUCUCUUAAAAAACAUGACAGCUUCUCUGGUUCCUCUGCC